AUGGCUUCGACUUUAACAGUUAAGGUACAUCCUGUGGUUUAUCUCACGAUUGCGGAUGCUUUUGAAAGAAGAUCGAAUAAACCUGGUGCGAAUGACAAGGCACUUGGUACUCUGCUUGGAUUUUAUGAAAAGAAUGCUAUUCAGGUCACAAACUGUUACGCAAUCCCGUUCAGUGAGCAGAAGGAAGAUACACCUGAACUGGAUGAUGGAUUUAACCAGUCAAUGUUACAAAUGAUGAAACGCUCAACGCCUUCUGAACAGCCUGUUGGAUGGUUUUAUACGAAUGCAGAUCUCUCAGCACAUUGUUUACCUUAUCAUGAUUAUUACACUCGUUUGAUUAGUGAGUUAUCGGCAAAAAAAGAUCCGCCUCCAGUCCUACUGUUAACUGUCGAUACAACCUUCAGUUCCCAGGAAGAAAAAUUCCGUCUUCCUGUGCGGGCCUACAUCAGGACAAAAGCUGGGAUCCCUGGAAGUCGUGAUCCACACUGUGCCAUUUUUAACCCCUUAAAAGUUGAGAUGGAUGCAUUCCCUGGCGAAAAUGUAGCCCUGAGCUUGAUACAGAGUGGCACCUCAAGCAAGCAGCGAGAAACAUCUUUAGAAACGGGUUUAGAACAGCUUGAAAGAAGUACCGGGAAAAUGGUUGUUUGGCUAGAAAAGUUGUUGGCGUACGUAAACAAUCCAGAGUUACCUGCAGAUUCGUCUAUGGGACGGCGGAUGAUGGACAUUGUGACUACAGCGGCAUCGCACAUGUCAGAAGAAAAACUAGACAGCUUGGUAAAAAACAGUCUGAGGGAUUAUAUGAUGAUUUCUUAUCUCUCCAACUUAACGAAAACGCAGUUGUCACUUCAGGAAAGAUUAAUCGAAUUAUGA